AUGGCCGCAACAUACAACACUCUACUCCCCCGCCCAGGCGACAAAGUCUCGUCGCCCGUCGACUCAAUCCCAGCGCCAUCCGAAGAAUCAUUUACUCAAACAUUCGGUCACCAUUUACCCUCUGUCACCUAUCUCUCCACCUCCCAAGGAAGAAUCGCUUACUACGCUUUCACUCCUGCAACAACAUUAAAUCACUCUGACACCGCCUCUUCUCCUUCGCGCGUCCUCUUACUCCAUGGUGUUCAAACACCAGCACUAGGUCUUGUUCCUUUGGCCUCGUCCCUCCGAACCUCCUUCCCCUCUGCAGAAUUCGUACUAGUAGAUUUAUGGGGCCAUGGCUUAUCUUCUACUCCCGUGGCCGCUCACUCGCCAUCUCUCUUCCACUCCCUCAUCGAUGCUGUCCUUUCUGAGCUUCAAUGGACCUCUUGCCACUUGAUCGGCUACUCAUUCGGCGGAUCCCUGGCUAUUUCCUACAUCGCUUCUUCCUCUCAACGAGCUGCAAACAUCUCUUCAGUAUCCCUAGUCGCACCAGCAGGUCUCUGGCGUCCAGCAGACCUCGACGAGCAAAGACUCUACUCUUCCGAUUUUGACACUGCCGAAUUGCACGUUUUGGAGUUGCUGGAAGGUGGACCGCUGGUUGUACCUUCAGACUGGCAAUCACGCAUCAGGAAUGGGGAAAUUGUCGCUGAGAAAGUCAGAGAAUGGCAGAUGCAAAACCACGAAGGACACAUGGCCAGUGUCAUCGCUAUUGUCAGGGAUGGAGGUGUGUUUGGGCAAGAAGAAGUAUAUCGACAAGCGGUCAAAACGAGAACUCCAAUUGUGGCAGUCUUGGGAGAGACUGAUGACGUUGUGUUCGAGAAAGACCUAAACGAGGUGGGUGUGGAGAAUGUAAGGGUGGUCAAGGGAGCUGGCCAUGCUGUGGUCAGACAAAAGGCCGGUGAGGUCGCAAAGCAUAUCGGGCAGUUCUGGAAGGGACUAUAG